AUGAAGAGUGUGAUGAGGCUGAAGCAUUAUGGGUGGAACUGCACAUGGGGGUGCGUACGAAGAUGUCGGCUCGGUCAUGUGAUCAGCUGUGUCCAAUCACAGCUGAUCGCAUGCGACAUGUACACUGAUCAUCGGGGCACUGAUGAUCAGUGUGCCCUGAUGAUCUGUGUAGCCCCAGCAGCGCCACCUGUCAGUGUCCAUCAGUGCCAGCUGUCAGUGCUCAUCCAUGCCACCUACCAGUGCCCAUCAGUGCCACAUCAAUGCCACAUUUCAGUGCCCAUCUGAGCUGCCUUUCAGUGUCACCCGUCAGUGCCACCUAUUAAUGCCAGUCAGUGCCACCUAUCAGUGCUGCCAAUCAGUGCCACCUAUCAGUGCCGCCUAUCAGUG